CUAAACCACACCUCUCGCCUUGCAGUCAAGACUUGAUGCCACCUACCGUCAAUGCUGUCGAAGCAGUCAGCUACAUAAAUUGGCAGUGUCAAGCGUCGUCGCACGGCAUCUCCAUUGCUCUAGAUUCAUAUCGACCAAGCACGCCACAUUGCUGAAAAGAAGCCGUCCCCUUUGUGGACGGCAGAGGACAGAAGCGCAUGCAGCCAGACAGCUCCGUUUCCAAAUGGAGGUCAGGGUAGGAUCCCGCGCUUAGAGCAGAAACACAGCACAUCACGCCUCCUGAUCGCACCGCUUCACCCGGACAAUCUUGCACAGAUGCAGCCGCAGUCGGCUGAUCCAGCGAGCUCAAGCUCGACAUCCCAUGCGGGGCCUGACGAUGUCUUUGUCGAUGUCCCACUCAAGCCCAUCGUCCGCCUAGAAGAGAGCGUGGUCAAUCGGAUCGCGGCAGGCGAGAUCAUCCAUCGGCCGAGCAAUGCCCUCAAAGAGCUCAUUGAGAACAGUCUAGAUGCAGGCUCGAGGCUGAUCCGCAUCACGCUCAAGGAAGGAGGGAUGAAGCUGCUACAAAUCCAAGACGAUGGUUGUGGUAUCCGACCUCAAGACUUGCCGCUUCUCGCUGAACGAUUCGCCACUUCAAAACUCCGAGAUUUUGCGGAUCUAUCCGAGAUGACGACUUUUGGGUUCAGAGGCGAAGCGCUGGCUAGUAUCAGCUAUGUGAGCGCAUCUAUGCGCGUAGUGAGCAAAACGAGAGACUCGGAUUGCGCGUACGGAGCUUCUUAUGCCAAUGGCGGGUUGGUCCCGCCCAAACCGGGCCAGAGCUCUGCGCCGAAACCUUGCGCUGGAACGAACGGGACACUCAUCACUGCUGAAGACCUCUUCUACAACGUCCCUCAACGCAAGAGAGCUCUAAAGAGUGCAGCCGAAGAGUACAACCGAGCGCUCGAUGUGGCUGCUCGGUAUGCCGUACACUAUGGAGGUCGAGGCGUGGGCUUCGUCUGCAAGAAGGCUUCCUCAAACGCCGCAGACUUGAGCGUUUCAUCCUCUCCUUCUACUACAACGCUGGAUGUGAUAAGGACACUGCACGGUAGCUCCGUCUCGCGCGAGCUAGUGCAGCUGAAGCUCAGCCAACAUCCUGAGCUCAAGUUCACCGUUGAAGGAUACAUCAGCGGUGCGAAUUGGAGUGCCAAGCGGACCACCUUUCUCUGCUUUAUCAAUCAUCGCUCAGUGGACUGUCCAGCACUCAAACGCUCUUUUGAAGCGCUAUAUGCCGCGUACCUCCCCAAAGGUGGGCACCCAUGGAUCUACGUAAGCUUGGAGAUCCAGCCUGAUCAAGUGGACGUCAACGUGCAUCCGACAAAGCGAGAAGUUCACUUCCUGAACGAGGACGAGAUUGUGGAAGAGGUGUGCUCGCUGGCACAAGAGGUUUUGGGAGGAGCUAAUGCUAGCAGAAGUUUCCAGUUCAGUCAAGCGCUGCUUUCUGGUGCAAGCGAUGCUGAUCAGCCGCGAGCAGCGGUAUCCCAUGCUACUUCAGAUGACAAUGCCACGCCCGCGGUGACGCAACGAAACAGACCUCCCCAGCACAUGAUACGGACCGACAAUUCCGAUCAGAAUUUGUUGGGCAUGGGCUUCACCCAAACGCUCUCUUCACAGGCACCGGGCGAGGUCGAUAGCUCGCCCGAGGAGGAUGCCCCUGCACAAAACGACGCGUCGGCUGGUGGCUACAGACCUGUUGACGUACGACAAAGCGUCAGAAAAGCCCCUCAGGCUGUGGCCGAGAGCGAAUGCUCUUUGACCAGUGUGCGCGAGCUGCGCGCCCAGACUGUCAAGGGCAGACACGUUGCUCUCACUGAAGUACUGAAGAAUCACACCUUUGUCGGCGUGGUCGAUCCGGCUAUGGCCCUCACACUCAUACAGCACGAGACCAAGCUUUACCUGAUCAAUCAUGCAGCAAUCAUCGAGGAAUUUGCGUAUCAGCUUGUCAUGCGUCAAUUCGGAAGCUUUGCGACACUAAAGCUCGACCCACCACCCGACAUUAGGAGAUUGAUUCGGAUUGCAGCAGAUCUUGAACCGGAUAUCGAGGAAGCUGGGAUGUCCAUCGACGAGAUCGUCGAGCGAGUCAUGACGAUCUUGAUCGACAGAGCAGAGAUGCUCGAAGAGUACUUCUCAAUCCGCAUCGAUACUGGAGAUGCUACGCUGAGAAGUAUCCCUGCGCUCCUUCCUGGUCAGGCCAGCAUGCCGCUGGAACGACUGCCCACCUUGUUGCUGCGUCUUGGGCCUCAGAUAGACUGGGAGGACGAAAAAGGCUGCUUCGAGAGCAUCGCGCGAGAGAUUGCUUUUGCCCACGUACCCUUUUGCGCCGGAUCGGCGGAUCAUGGCAAGAAUACAUCGAAUACGCCCAGGAGAGACACGCAGAUCGACGAGGCCCAAGUAGAGGCGGAGCGCGCACUGGCUGCGAAGCAAGCCAAAGAUGUUUUUGAUGUACAUCACGUGUGGAUGGCAGCAAUCAAGCGCACGCCGUUCAAUGCGCCCAAAUCGCUUCUGGAUCGCGAUGUGGUGCAAGUUGCCAACUUGCCAGAUCUAUAUCGUGUCUUCGAAAGGUGCUAGAGGGAUAUAUCGGUCUCUGCAGGUCGGAUGAGAAAGACCGUGAACAUCGAGCUUUGCAGCUGAUGUGAGCCCAGAGACAGAGGGGCGACUAACAACGACAAUCUGGGUCAUCAACGAGUCUGAAGGGUGUAAAAGCUGUAUCAUGUAUCAUAAGUCGAAGUAUCUGAAAUAAUUGUCUUCUCGACGCGGUCGAGAAACGAAUUGCUCCGAGG